CAGUCCUUAUCCUACGCAGGAGGAGGGAAGGUAAGUGAGAGGUUUAGUCGUUGGACGAGGGAAGAAGCGAGGAUAAGAGUCGACGAUUGGUCAGGAUGGCGUACCAGUUCAGUAGGAAAGGUUGUUUCAAGUGCGGGAACCUCGGACACAUAGCGGAGAAUUGUACGUCGGAGCAGCGUCUCUGCUACAAUUGCCGUCAGCCUGGACACGAGUCGUCUGCAUGCCCCCAGCCCCGCUCUGUCGCUGCGAAGCAAUGCUACUCUUGUGGGGGUGUCGGCCAUAUCCAGGCGGAGUGUCCGAGCUUGCGAGUGCAGGGUUCAGGCCAGAAGUGCUAUGUACGUCCCCCGUCUACACAAACGUGUGUAAUACCCAUUGCCCAUGGCAGAACUGUGGACGCUUCGGCCAUAUCGCGAGGGCGUGCCCCAAUGCAGGCGGUGCGGGAUUCGCUUCCCGCGCCCCUCCCCCAGGCCGCACCCUGAACACAUCUACCCUCCCCCCUGUGAAGUGCUACCGUUGCGGGGGUCCCAACCAUAUGGCGAGGGACUGCCUGGCUGCUCCCGGCACGACCGUGGACACACCGGUUGCUGUCGGCAACCCAAACAAGAACAAGACCUGCUACAAAUGCCAGCAGGAGGGACAUGUGAGCCUAUCUGACGCAUGUCAUCCCGUUCAUCGUAGACCCUGACGUCCACCCGCAGAUCGCUCGUGAUUGCCCUGAGAACGCUGAGUACGUCGCCUGAAUAGGAGACCCUCGUGUGCCCCGAUGACUCCGUCGAUGAGUGUGUUGGAAGCUUGUCAGAGGUUGAUACCAUGCCGAAGUAAUCAAAAGAUGAUCUGUAGCCAUGUCUAUGACGCACGUAUUUAUCGUCUAUUGACUGUUGUCUUAUUUGAUUGUUACGUUGCUCAUCA